AUGAGAAGAAAGGUUAAAGUCUCUCCAAAUCGCAACUUCUUUUCUCGCUCCAAGCUGAUGAGCUCUACGUCUUCUUUCUUCCAGAUGGGUCAGCUUGCAGCUGACAAGCAUGUACGUUACAUUCUGAUGGCUGAAAAGGAGAAAGAGGGUAUUGAGUCUGUGGUGAUGGAUCAUCUAAGAAUGAAUGGUGCAUACUGGGGACUCACUACUCUGGACUUACUCGAGAAGCUGGGCACUGUUUCCGAAGAUGAAGUGGUUUCAUGGGUCAUGACGUGCCAGCAUGAAUCUGGUGGUUUUGCCGGUAAUACUGGGCAUGAUCCACAUGUUUUGUAUACACUCAGUGCUGUGCAAAUCUUGGCUCUCUUUGACAAACUUAACAUUCUUGACGUUGAAAAAGUAUCAAAUGUUGCUGGGUUGCAGAACAAAGAUGGAUCCUUCGCAGGAGAUAUGUGGGGAGAAAUAGAUACGAGAAGGCUGUUGACUACAUUGUUAGCUGCAAACUUGGAUGGUGGUUUCGGGUGCACACCUGGAGCAGAAUCACAUGCAGGACAGAUUUUCUGUUGCGUGGGUGCUCUUGCUAUCACUGGGAAUCUCCAUCAUGUUGAUAAGGACAAACUUGGCUGGUGGUUAUGUGAAAGACAAGUCGAGUCUGGGGGUUUAAAUGGACGACCCAAGAAACUCCCUGAUGUUUGCUACUCUUGGUGGGUCUUAUCGAGCCUAAUCAUGAUAGAUAGAGUUCACUGGAUCGACAAGGCAAAGCUUGUCAAGUUCAUCUUAGACUCUCAGGAUUUGGAUAACGGAGGCAUCUCAGAUAGACCUAAUGAUGCUGUUGAUAUCUUCCACACCUACUUUGGAAUUGCGGGGCUUUCGCUCCUUGAGUAUCCUGGAGUCAAAGCAAUCGAUCCAGCCUACGCUUUGCCUGUUGAUGUCAUCAACCGGAUUAUCUUCACCAAAUGA